UCCUACUUCACAGACAGCGAGAGGAGAAGAGUCACCACUCUGCGUUGGUUGAUCAGAAGCGACGAAACGCACCGAAACUGGCAUCUGCGCCGGAGGAGACGCAAAGGAACCGCGCAUCCCGCGUCCCCGUCCGCCUCGUCCACUCUGCCCCCUCGCAGGACAGGAUGAACGGACUUUGGAGGACUGGACACUUUGGACAACGCGGACAGCAGCGCGCGGCGGAGGACGGGAUUUAGUGGAGAGAAGUUGGCGAAGACACUCGCCUUCAAGUCGUGAGGGGGGGAUUUGUGACUCUUUUUUUCCGCUGUCGCUAAACUGCUCUCCAAGCGCUGGAACGUGAGGAUUUAAAAGUAGUUUUGUGGGUUUUUGUGAAGUUUACCGGAGACUAGAGGCUAUUUCACCAAAGGAAAGCUUGGUGCCAUCUAAACUCUGAAGGCUGAUCUUUUCUGUCAAAACGGGAUACUGUGGGUCCGUGGUGGGGAGCUGUCGGACAGAUUCUUGCGGCAUCUGCGGCCGCCCUUCUGCUGGACAGUAUGCGAACGGAGGAUGUUGUCUAAGUUGGAGUCGGGCCUCGCUGCUCUGCGUCUGACCUCUUCGCCCAGAGGAAUGACUGCUCUGUGGUGCUCACUCUGGCUUUCUCUCCUCCUUCCUCUCACCGUCGUUCCAGCCGGGCUGCCCACUGCUCAGCCCACAGAGCCUGUAUCCAGCGAGACGGCCUUCCUGGAGGACUAUGUUCUGGGCAUCGGGGACACUCUGGAAAUGUCAUGUGACCCGGAAGAGCAGGAAGACCACACGGAGCCUAUUGUGUGGUUAAAAGACGGCGCUGGACUUGUGCCUUGCAACCGGAUACGGUUGGGCCAGAGGAUACUCCGCAUUAUCAAUGUGUCGUAUGACGACUCCGGGGUCUACUCGUGCCACCUCGCCCGGAGCAACACGCUGCUCAGCAACUACACCAUCAGGGUGACAGAUUCUCUGUCGUCUGGUGAUGAUGAAGAUUAUGAUGAAGACCCUGAAGGUGCAGGUAAUGAAAAUGAAGCGCCAUAUUGGACCAGGCCAGAACGAAUGGACAAGAAAUUAUUGGCCGUUCCUGCGGCCAACACCGUCAAAUUCCGCUGCGCUGCGUCUGGAAACCCACCACCAACCAUACACUGGCUGAAGAAUGGCAAAGAGUUCAAGGGAGAGCAGAGAAUGGGAGGCAUCAAGCUGAGACACCAGCAGUGGAGUCUGGUGAUGGAGAGCGCCGUGCCGUCAGACCGGGGAAACUACACCUGCGUUGUGCAAAACAAAUACGGCUCCAUCAGCCACACCUACCAGCUCGACGUGCUCGAGCGUUCACCUCACAGGCCCAUCCUCCAGGCUGGUCUGCCAGCCAAUCAGACGGUGGUGGUGGGCAGCAAUGUGGAGUUUCAUUGUAAGGUUUACAGCGACGCCCAGCCGCACAUCCAGUGGCUCAAACACAUUGAGGUGAACGGCAGUCGCCUUGGCCCCGACGGUGUUCCCUACGUCAACGUCCUGAAGACGGCUGGCAUUAACACUACAGAUAAGGAGCUAGAGGUUCUCUUCUUGACCAAUGUGUCUUUUGAGGAUGCGGGCGAGUACACUUGUCUCGCAGGGAACUCUAUCGGCUUUUCUUACCACUCUGCUUGGCUGACGGUGCUUCCAGCAGUGAGUCCACAAAAGGAAGACUACUACGCCGACAUCCUUAUCUACGUGACAGGCUGCGUGCUCUUCAUCCUCGCCGUGGUCAUCGCAAUCCUCUGCCGUAUGAGGAUGACCACGCAGAAGACUCUGCCCACGCCUCCCGUGCAAAAACUGUCAAAGUUCCCCCUCAAGAGACAGCAGGUGUCCUUGGAUUCCAACUCUUCCAUGAACUCAAACACGCCGCUGGUCAGGAUCGCCCGUCUGUCGUCCAGCGACGGCCCGAUGCUCGCCAACGUCUCGGAGCUGGAGCUGCCGUCCGACCCCAAAUGGGAGUUCCCUCGGACACGGCUAACUCUGGGUAAACCUCUGGGAGAAGGCUGCUUCGGUCAGGUGGUUAUGGCUGAGGCUGUUGGCAUCGACAAAGAGAAGCCCAACAAGUCGCUCACUGUUGCUGUGAAAAUGUUGAAAGAUGACGCCACAGAUAAAGAUUUAUCAGACCUGGUGUCAGAAAUGGAGAUGAUGAAGAUGAUUGGGAAACACAAAAACAUCAUCAACCUACUCGGAGCCUGCACACAGGAUGGUCCUCUGUAUGUCCUGGUGGAAUACGCCUCCAAAGGCAACCUGAGGGAGUACCUGCGUGCACGGCGGCCACCGGGCAUGGACUACUCCUUCGACACGUGCAAAAUCCCCGAUGAGCAGCUCACGUUCAAAGACCUGGUGUCCUGUGCCUACCAGGUUGCCCGAGGCAUGGAGUAUCUUGCUUCACAGAAGUGCAUCCACAGAGACCUGGCAGCCAGAAACGUCCUUGUGACGGAGGACAACGUUAUGAAGAUCGCCGACUUCGGUCUCGCCAGAGACGUGCACAAUAUAGACUACUACAAAAAGACCACAAAUGGUCGUCUCCCCGUGAAAUGGAUGGCUCCAGAGGCUCUCUUCGACCGGGUCUACACGCACCAGAGCGAUGUGUGGUCUUAUGGGGUACUGCUGUGGGAGAUCUUCACCUUGGGAGGCUCGCCGUACCCAGGGAUUCCAGUGGAAGAACUCUUUAAACUGCUGAAGGAAGGACAUCGAAUGGAUAAGCCUGCCAACUGCACCCAUGAACUGUAG